GAUAUUCUGAAGGUGAUAUUCAUAAGCCUUGUACGCGUCCUGAUUUUGCAAUUGAAUCACAUCAAUUUCAAGUUCAAAUAAGAAGAACUCAAUUUAUAUAUUCUAAUCAAAAUUUUCAAAAUAUUACUGGUGAAUGGAUGCUAAGUAAAGAACUGAAAAAAUUUAGCGAAAUUGCACAUAUAAAGAGGGCUAAAUUUAUUAAAGCAGUAUUAAUUAACAAAAGCUCAUUAGGAAUUUGGCAUCCAAUUCCUAUAACACGUGAUGAAGCAGAUUUUCAACAAUCUGAAACUUCUUUAACAAAAAUUGAAAUUCUAACUAUCAUUAAUUCUUUAAUUCCAUCUUUAGAUGAUUCAGAUCAAUUACGCUUUUGA